UGGUUCUAUUUUGAUGGAUGGUGAUAAGUCAUCAGCACAUACUCGGUGAUUUUUGACACACAGACUAUUUCCAUAUCAUUCGGUCUCCAAUUCGAGGUGUUUCAGCUCACGGGCUUCUUGUGCACUUCUCAAGUCAGGGCUGCACCGACCCUGAGCAUUUCUCUCCUAAACCUGCCCUCAUUAUGAGAAGGACUGCAUACAUAAUGGUCCCCAUGAAUGCACUAUUCGCAGGAUUGGUCGAGGGGAAUCAAGACUGCAGUUCAUGUUAUCAGCUGGACAUUGGAGUGGCCAUUGGGAUCAUCACUUGUGACAUCAUCCUCACACUCCUCAUCGCUCUCUCGGUCUACUGUUUGGUUUCCCAUCAGAAAAGAAGAGGCAGUUUACGUGCACAUGCCAGAUGCUGUGGGUCGGCUAAAGCAAAAGCUCAUCAGUCAUCAGUGAGGCCAAAGACGAUUGAAGUGGAAUCACCUUAUCAGGAACUUUAUGGAGUCCAAUCAGAUAUAUACAGUGAUCUUCAGCAGUAUCGGAAAUGAGUUUCUGCUGUUGGAAUGCACUGGGCAGGAAAGAUAAAGAAGGAACUAGAGGAGUGCGCUAUCUAUCCUGACCUUGGCAGCCAGUUAUCCGCUUCACUAUCAAAAUACAAUACUUAACUGACAACAAGCACAAUGAACAGAGUUGAGUCAUCUUUAAUGCCCUCCUUCAUUUUUUUGGUCUGUUUUCUGCUUGUUGGUUGAUCAGUGCUUUUAUGAAUCAUUUUCAAGUUCACAAGCAGAGAACGUGGCUUAGGAGAGCUGUAGUGUAUGUGCUCGUAGAGUAAAGUAGACUUACUCUGAAUGCUUGUUCUAGUAAAUUUGUGUAGAAUGUGGAUGUUGAAUUUAUAAUCCCUGACUUGAAAUGGACCAGGAAUGGAAGCAUUA